CAGAGCCAUUGUGCCAAAGUGUGUUCUGUGCACGUUGGCUACACGGGGAAUGCUGGGGGGGAUGUGAAACUGGUAUAUUGGGAUGUAGGAAGCUUUGAUUGUCCAAGGGGCUCCCGUUCUGGAGUGAAGCCCAGGAUGGGCUGUGAGCACACUGACGCCGACACAGACUCCGCACUGAGCUGCUUCCUGCAGUGGUGUAAACGGGUCGGGCUGGAGCUGAGCAGGAAGGUGUGUGUGAGUGCGGAGGGCACAGUGGCACAGUACGGCAUGCUGGCCACACAGCACAUACAGGAAGGGGAGCUGCUGUUCUCCGUGCCCCGCUCAGCGCUGCUCAACCCCAGGACCUCAGCCAUUCGGGAUUUACUAAAAAAAGAGGAGGCUGCCCUGCAGAGCCGGUCAGGCUGGGUGCCUCUCCUCAUCGCCUUGCUACACGAGUCUACGAGCAGCUCCUCUCACUGGCAGCCCUACCUGUCCCUCUGGCCUGGCUUCAGCUCACUAAACCACCCCAUGUUCUGGGAGGAGGGUGAGCGAGCCAGGCUGCUGCAGGGCACCGGGGUGCUGGAAGCAGUGCAAAGAGACCUGAGGAACAUCGAAGAUGAGCACCAGAGCAUCGUGCUGCCAUUCCUGCGCGCCCAUCCCCAGACAUCCCCAAACACACACUGUCUGCAACUCUACAAGAGGCUCGUGGCCUUCGUCAUGGCCUACAGUUUUCAGGAGCCAUCAGACAAUGAUGAAGAGGAUGAUGAUGAUGAAGAUGAGGACGAGGAGCUGAACCCUCCCAUGAUGGUGCCAAUGGCUGACAUCCUGAACCACAUCUCCAACCACAACGCCAACCUGGAAUUCACCCCCGUAAAUAUCACAGCAGGAGGGUGGGGGUGAACUGGGCGGGGAGCGGAGGGGGGGGUUGUGCUCAGUGUCUUCAGCCCCUUAGUGACACCUUCCCAGAUCCUUGUUCUCACCUUGAAAUCCCCCCAUGGUCUCACCCCCACCCACCCUUUGUGCUCUCCGUCAACCUCAUUGAACCCAUUGAACCCUGACCUGCCCCACCAUCGGCAGGUGGGCUUUCAGCCAUUCU